CCGGGGUCACACACACACACAACUGGGCUCACACACACGCACAGCCGGGCUCACACACAGAGCCAGGCUCAUCGCCCCCCCAAGCCAGGCGUCCCGCAGGGCGAGGAUGUUCGGCAAGAGCGUGGUGCUGCGCAGUGCGGGGGUGCUGGCGGCGGCCGAGCUGGGCUGCCUGGUGCAGGAGGAGGACGUGCUGCGGCACGAAUCCUUCACGGCCGAAUGGAGGGACCUGUCGCUCUCCACCAGGCCCGAGGAGCGCUGCUCCCUGCGGGAGGCGGACGAUCGGCGCAAGGAGACGUACUGGCAGCAGCAGGAGACGCGCUUCGUGGUGCAGCGAUCGCCCUGGCUCAUCGUGUGGCUGGGCCGGCUGGGCGAGCCCCUGGCCCGCUACCCCCUGCCCUACCAGCGGGCGCUGCCCCUGCCCCUCUUCGUGCCGGCCGACCUGAGCGCCAAGGCCGAGCGGGGAGCCACCCCGCCCCAGCUGCGCCGCAUGAUGGACUUCGAGACGGCGCUGGCCGGGGGCUCCCCGCCCAACGGGCAGUGCCGGGACAAGAAGGCCGUGGCAGAGAUCACCAAGGAGCUGCCCCCCGUCGUCCAGCCCAGCCGGCCCGACUUCGGCAAGGGUGACCUCCCCCGCUCCCUGUCCCGCUCCCUGUCCCAGGAGGCGCAGAGGGGCUGAGGGGAGACGAUGCCUAGCCCCAGGGUUGCCCAGGUGCGACCCCCUUGUGCUGUCUGUGUUAGCGCUGUGUCUGUGUGGCACCCACGGCGGGUGCCAGGCUGGAGCGGUGUCUUGCCAUGGGCACAGGGCACCACCCCGAGUGCCCCUCACCGAGCUUUCCUUAGUUCCCAAGGGUUUGUACAAGGCAGGAGCCGACAAGCGGGAAGCGGGCUCCACUCCCCUCUGUUACACCCUCCUGGCUAAGGCUGGGAAUGGGGGCUCCUGGGUCCCGUUCCUGGGUCUGGGACACAACGUGUAUGUCUACACGGCACACCAAGCCCCAGAUCUGACGUGGGGUCAAGCCCAAGGCUCCAUUUUGCCCACACAGACAUUACUCUGACUCAGUUGGGGAACCUGUCCUGCCAUUGCUGUGCGGACCCUCAAGUGCAGGCUUGGAAAUGAGGCCACGAGCCGGGGUCCCGUGGUGAGCAGUGUAGACAUGGGGCAGGACCUCUGGGUUGUGUUCCAGUACGUUACAGGGGGGAGGAUGGGAUCAGGACUCCUGGGUUCCGUCCCCAGCGCUGGGAGUGGAGUGGGGUCUAGUGGUUUUUAGAGCAGGGGGAUCAGGACUCCUGGGUUCUCUGCCCAGCUCUUCCACUGACUCACUGGGUGGCCUGGGGCAGAUUCACUGUGACAGGGUGACUGAGCUGCCUCCCUGGGGCUGGGGGAUCCCCUAUGGAAAGUGCUUUGAGCGCUCAGAGGCGAGGGGAGGGCUGGUUCUCGCAUCCCUGCUCCUGGAGGAGGAGGGAGCUGGGACCAGCCUGAUUUCACGCCCCUCCCUGAUGGCAAGUGAGCAGAGGGGGCAGGAAGGGCCAGGCGAGGUCCUGCCUGGGGGGACGGGGGACGGCACCGUGGCCGCUGAAGGACAAUGCAGGAAGGGAUGGAGCAAAGGGGCCACCACGGGUGAGAUCAAGGGGAAUCCCAGCCCCUUCACUGGGCGAAGUAACCCACGUCCCGCUGCCGGCGUGGGAGCCCUGAAACACCAGCGUGACGGGGAGGAGCGCGCUGGGGGCUGCAGGGCCGCGAUGGGGGACC